CAUACGAACAGUCACUUUCAGUUUUCCGCGUAGAUUCGAGUUUGUCGCUUGCAAACGGAAAAUGGCUUUGAAAAUUCCGAUUAAACUUGAUAUUGAGAAUUUCACAAUUGAGGAUAAUAUUUUGAAAGGUAUUAUUGUUGAAACUGAAGAAAAUCCUAAUAUUGGUGAGGCUAUAUUAAAUACAUUGGAUUCUACCCCAGACCAUGUCGCACAGAUCGAUGCAGAAACCGAUCUAAAAACUACAUUUGCUGAAAUGAAAGACCGCAGUAUAAGGUGUGCUUUGUGGAUGAAGGAAUAUGGUGUAAAACUAGGGGAUAUUAUUACGAUUUGCUCUUAUAAUCACUUGGAUACGUACGUGCCAAUUUUUGCUACUUUUUACUUAGGAGCAACUUUUAAUGGAUGGGAUCAUGAAGUUGGUCUGCAAGCGGCGAGACAUUUGAUGAAACUUUUUGAACCAAAAUUAAUAUUUGUAUGCGAGUCUGCCAUUGAGGUUUUAUUGGAAGCAGCAAAGUUGGAAAAUGUAAAAACAGAAAUGAUUGUUUUUGGAAAUUAUCGUAAUAUUAAUUCAUUAGAUGAUAUACUAAAAGUCCAAUACAGUGCUAAAAUUCGAAUGUUUCAUCCUAUGCGAAUCGAAAAUCGAGAUGCAAUUUCUAUUAUUUUAUUAACCUCUGGUAGUACUGGCGCUCCAAAAGGUGUUAUGCAUUCUUAUAAAAAUUUCUUAAAACUGGUACAAGCGUUCACAGUAUAUCCAUUGAAAGGAGUAGCUUUGUGUACAUCGACAGUUUAUUGGUUGACUGGUAUUAUGUACAUGUUUGUUUCUACGUUCACUAAAGGAACGAGAAUCACUUUGAAAAAAUGGGACGUUGAUGAAGGCUGCAAGGCUAUUCAAAAAUACAAGGUUGAGAGAAUGUUUAUGUCACCUGUUAUAAUCAAUUAUUUACGUAAAUUGAAAGCUUUUAAUAAAUAUGAUUUAAGAUCCUUAGAAAAUAUUUGCACUGGUGGUGUGAAAAUCAGUCAAGAAAUUUUAAAAGAUUUUCAAGAGCAAUUGCCAAAUGCUUUUAUAUACCAAGCUUAUGGAUCAACAGAAACCGGGCGUAUGGUUGCAACUCAAACAGAAAAGAUAGAAAAUCUUGAUUCUGUUGGUUUCGUUACGUCGAACACUAAAAUAAAAAUAAUAGACGUUGAUAAUCACCAAAUUCUCGGUCAAAAUCAAGAAGGUGAAAUUUGUGUCAAACAGCCGACACUUAUGCUGGGUUAUUACAAGAAUCCCGAAGAGACAAGAAACGCGAUAGACGAAGACGGUUGGCUACAUACAGGCGAUAAAGGUUAUUUUGACCACAACGGUGAAAUAAUAGUAACUGAUAGAUUGAAGAAUAUAAUAAAAUGUCGUAAUUAUCAAAUAUCCCCAGCAGAGUUAGAAGAAAUUUUAUCAUCCCAUCCUGCAGUAUUAGAAGUUGCUGUUGUGCCAAUUCCACAUGAGAUGGAUACAGAACAACCUUUAGCUUUUGUAUCUGUCAAUGCUCAUGUAUCAAAAGAGGAGCUUAUAUCACUGACUCUGGUUCUUGGAGAAAAUAAAAAGUUACGUGGAGGGGUUGAAUUUGUACAAGAAUUACCGAAAACUCCAAGUGGAAAAAUUAAUAGAGCAGCAUUAAAAGAGAUGGCUAAGGUUUUAUAUAAUAAACGUCAGCUUUAUGCUACUUCGGAAGGUGUUCAGUUAAAAUAAAUUACUAUUAAAAUGUAAGAUGUAAAUGAAUAAUAAAGUCAUGUUUAA